AUGGACCGUCGAGAGCUGCGACCCAAGCGAGAGCUGCUCACGCUGCUUCAGCGGCUCAAUGACUGCGUAGGUGUCUCUGCACGUCAUGUGUACACACAUCAAUUAACUCCCACUGAGCUUCUACAGCGUCCGCUCUCUGAGACCCGUCGGUUAUUACCAGAGCUCUGCAGCUUCGUAGACUCCCUCGUGCCAGUCGUAACUGCCAAUAACAAUAACAAUACUAUUGCUUGUCUGCCCUCAUCAUUAGUACGACGCGCAUUGCACCAUCCAGAUGCUCAAUGGCUGAGUCGCAGUGCACGGCAAAGCGGCAUCUCAGCGCUACUAUGUCAACAGUUAGUGCGACUUGCAAGACAGGACUGUAACAAUGACAACCAAGACCGUGAUUAUACAAUGUAUUGGCCGGCAGCAGAGCUUACUAUGCACGUGAUACUGGACGCACUGCUUUCACCGUGUGUUGAACGACUUGGUCAAGCCCCUGACGCUUGUAAAUGGCGCUCACUGCAGCCUAAGCCCAGAUUCCAUGCCAUGACGUGCUUUCCAGUGUGGUCGGCCGUGUUACCAUUCGCAGCACUGAUGGGCAUUCGCUUUCCGGACGUGUUUCAACAAGUGCUGCAGUCUCGUCAAUGCCUGGAAAAAAGAAUCUACCAAGUAAAUUGCAAUUUUGCAUUAGUUACAGGCAUCUGGAGACUUGUGGAAGAGUUGGAUAGAGGUGACAAGAAGAAGCAGAGUGCAGUGACAAGAGUGAUGGCAAGUUUGCUGAGCUUUGUGAGCGACAGGAUACUGCUGUGCUGCAGAAAUGUUAGGGAUGAUAAAAAGCAGAUGGACUCACACCUUGAGGACCAACUAUUGGAAAAGUUUUUUACUGGGAUGCAAACGUUCUCGUUCAAGAGUUGGCGAGCUGAUGAUGUGCUCAAGCAGACACUUGUUAGCGUAUUGCAAAACGCAUUGGCUAGUAUAGCAUGUGAAGCAAAGAUCAGAACUGUACCGCAACGAGUUGUCGUUUUUACAGCGGCAGCGUGUAUGAUUGUUAAGGACCUUGCAGUCGAUAUUGUUUCGAUGGUAAUGAAGCAGAUCAAUGAUAUGGACACCUAUAGCGGUGAAGAUCGACAGCCACUACUGGCGUUUCUUGUCGGGUUCUGUGCUCAUGUCGACUUGGUGCCUCUAACAUCGGUGCUUGAGGUACUAGAACUGCUAAUGACAUCGUACAAGGCAGUAGCUCAUAAUGCUAACUUUGAACCACUGAGACAGCGGCAACACGAAUUGGUGUUUUAUAUCGUAUAUGUGACAUUGUGUCGACACGAAAGUGUCGACAUUUUGCGUCGAGAGGUCAGUUCUAAUGCAGUAGCAGCAAUGAAGCUUCUGACGCAGUUUCAGAUGCAGCUUUGCAAUGAAAUAGCUUAUGAGGACUUUCAAGUCGCCGCUCCUGUGCAUUGGAUGGCUCGCGUCUGGAAACAUUGGGUUUUCUUAUCUGAUACAGAAGUACAAUCCUUUGUGUCCGAAGCCCAAGAAUAUGAUACGGAAACCGAGCAAGAGUAUAAAAAGAGAAUGGCAACAUGGCAAGCAUUGGAGGCACGGAUUGCAUUUAAGCUCUCGUCCUUUUCGCUCUUUGGGCAGAUGAAAACGUUGGUAAAACCACACUUGAUAUCUUCAUCAUUGACAGAACUGAAUGAUGAAAAUGGACUUGUGGUACGUGCACGAAAGCGUCGGCGGACAGGAAAGACGUGUACGACAAACGUAAAUCCUGAGCAUCUGGAACGCUCAUUCAAUGUGUUAUUGCUUCCUGAUGUAAUGGAGCGCGUGUGCUCGUAUAUGAGCGCCAAGCGACUUUGCCGAAUGGCUCUCGUAUGCCGACAUUUUGCAAAGCUAAGCCACCAAGCAUCGCUAUGGCGCCAACUCUAUUUACGUAUCGGGUCUUCUAUUGGUAAAAAGCAAAGUCUUUUGCCUGCUAUGCCGGUAGAAUGUCACCACGGUGAAAGUUACAAGCACAAUUGGCGUCAAAUGUAUCAGGAGCGUUGGCAAGUGCUACGAAGACUGCGUCGUAUGCAGCGUCGCGUGAUGAAAGCGAAGCAAUCAAGGAGACGUGAAGAAUCGAUGACGAGCAACGAGGUCUCCUCUUCUAGCAUCCAUACUGCCAUGUUUGUCCCACUUCUUUCAGUCCCCAUUGGUGUUUGCACUGCACUGGACAUUAUGCUAUCAAACUUGUCAUUGUGCUACAUUACAGUCACUUUCUAUACGAUUGUAAAGUCGGGAGGCAAUGUAUGGAACUUGGUCUUUUCCAUUUGUAUGGGUCAUCAACGUCCAUCUUGGUCACUUGUUGGAGUCAUUGUGCUGAUUUCAAGCGGCAUUGGACUGGCGAGUUACGGCUCAGCACACUUUGUUCUCAGUGGCUUUCUAUUGGUCUUAACAGCGUCGGUCAUGGGGACGUUGAGGUGGGUCCUAACUCAGUCACUAUUGCAAUCGAUGGAAGACAAGAACGGAGCUAUUAAGAACAAAGUACUAGCCGUCGUGUACUACGUGUCACCGGCAAGUGCGAUUGGACUGCUCCCAAUCGCGCUGUUUACAGAGGGAAGAGAAUACACGACAUCGCGCUUUGUGCUUGACUCGCAGCUCCUCAUGCUAUCACUGAUCUUUAUUUUCAUUAGUGGAUGUCUCGCGUUCGUGCUGAUUUUCAUUGAGAUUUUGUUGGUCAAGAAAACAUCGGCACUGUCGUUGGGAAUUGCCGGCAGCUUUAAAGACGUCACCCAAGUACUCCUCGCAGUCUUUAUCUUUGGUGACCAGCUCAUUGCGAUCAAUGUAUUUGGCCUUGUUGUUGCCACCUGCGGAAUGCUUUUCUACACGUUCAUCAAGCACACGUCUGCAAACGUUACAAGCGACUCUCGAGAUGGCAAUUCAAAGGGAUAUCAACGUGUUCCAACCUCGACGGUGGACUUGAAAGAAGACAGAGCCAUGUCACUAAGUGUCGCAACAACAGGAAAGAAGGCGCUGUACUCGGUGUAUGGCGUGGAGCUCGUGCGACGAGAAAGCAAUGAAUAUUAUAUCGCACCAGGCAGUGUUGCCCAUGUAUGA